AUUGUCAACUUUGGAACCCUUCAUCUCCUUCCUCUUCCUCCUCCCUCGCACUCCUUUUUUUUUUUUUUAAUGAUUUUAUACACAUUAUUAUGAGAAUUAAACCCUACCAACACAUUCGAUUCCUCAAACACCACCUCAAAUAGAGCUCAAAAAUCCAAUUUUUUGCACCAAAAUCCCACUCUCCAUUAACCAAUUUUGUUCUGGGGGUCUCUUCCACAUAAAACCCAUCCAAAAACACCUCCAUUGUAGCCUAUUUUAUCCCAGAUUAGCCCAAAGAAGGGGGAGAAACCCAUUUUUUUGUGGAAAAAGAGCUAAAAAAGUGUUCUUUGACACUAAUUUCCAUCUGGGUAUUUCCCAAAAGGGAGUAAAAACCCCAAUUUUGCUGCAAAUUUUGAUCUGAAACCAAAUUGGUUAUGUUGGAGAUGAGGUUCAGGGCCUUUUUGAACAAUAGAUGGCUUGUUUUUGUUGCUGCCAUGUGGGUUCAAUCCGUCGCGGGCGUCGGCUACCUCUUCGGUAGCCUCUCGCCAGUGAUAAAGCUCUCUUUGGGCUACAACCAAAGGCAAAUUGCUAGCCUUGGCGUCGCCAAGGACCUCGGCGACAGCGUCGGGUUCCUCGCGGGGAGCCUCUCGGAGAAAUUCCCUCUCUGGGCCACCCUGCUUGUUGGGGCACUGAAGAAUUUUGUUGGGUAUGGGUGGGUUUGGCUCGUCGUCACGGGGCGGUCGCCGCCGCUGCCUCUCUGGGCGAUGUGCAUUCUUAUUUUCAUCGGAACGAACGGCGAGACCUACUUCAACACGGCCGCGCUCGUCUCCUGCGUGCAGAACUUCCCGAAAAGCCGUGGCCCGAUAGUUGGAAUUCUCAAGGGGUUUGCGGGCUUAAGUGGCGCAAUCCUAACUCAAAUAUAUACUAUGGUACACGCGCCCGAUCACGCCGGCCUGAUCUUCAUGGUGGCGAUCGGACCGUCCAUGGUGGCCGUCGGUUUGAUGUUCAUCAUCCGACCCGUCAAAGGCCAUAGGCAAGUCCGGCCCACUGAUCAAUCGAGCUUCAUGUUCGUCUACAGCAUAUGCUUGCUUCUCGCGGCUUAUCUAAUGGGCGUCAUGCUCGUCGAAGACUUGGUGGAAUUAAGCCAUUCUUUGAUUGUACUCUUUACUGUGAUCCUACUCUUCCUUAUACUGCUUCCGCUCGUCGUUCCGAUAUUGUUAUCAUUCCAUUUUGACACCAAAUCACCUUUGGAAGAGCCUUUUCUCUUCGAGCCGACGAAAGAAGAGAGCAGCAAAUCGGGGGAGUCCAAGGACCAACAUGAAGUGAUUCUAAGUGAAGUCGAGGACGAAAAGCCGCGAGAAGUCGAUUUGUUACCAGCCUUGGAGAGGCAAAAGAGAAUUGCGCAGCUACAAGCGAGACUAUUUCAAGCCGCGGCCGAAGGGGCGGUGAGGGUGAAGAAGAAGAGAGGCGGGCCGCGCAGGGGAGAGGACUUCACCUUGACGCAGGCUCUGAUAAAGGCCGACUUUUGGCUCAUUUUUUUCUCACUUUUGCUCGGGUCGGGCUCGGGCUUGACCGUGAUCGACAAUUUGGGUCAGAUGAGUCAGUCUUUGGGAUACGACGAGACGCACAUCUUCGUGUCGAUGAUCAGCAUUUGGAAUUUCCUUGGUCGCGUCGGCGGCGGGUAUUUUUCGGAGAUCAUCGUCAGGGACCAUGCAUAUCCGAGGCCCGUAGCAAUGGCGGUGGCGCAGGUCGCAAUGGCGAUAGGGCACUUUCUCUUCGCCGUGGCUUGGCCCGGCACAAUGUACAUAGGAACGCUACUUAUUGGGCUCGGCUACGGUGCUCAUUGGGCCAUCGUCCCCGCCGCCGCCUCCGAACUCUUCGGCUUAAAAAACUUCGGAGCAUUAUACAAUUUCCUCACGAUCGCCAACCCCGCGGGUUCUUUGAUAUUCUCCGGUCUUAUAGCGAGCAGCAUAUACGACUACGAAGCGGAGAAACAAGCUCAUGUUCCUCGGAGUUACCUCGCCGACGAGCCGCUGAAAUGCGAGGGGGCCAUUUGCUUCUUCGCGAGUUCGUUGAUCAUGUCGGGACUAUGCAUUGUCGCGAUCAUUUUGAGCCUCAUUCUCGUUUAUCGAACGAAGGUCGUUUACGCGCACUUGUACGGGCGCGCUUGAACAUGAAAAGUAUAUGUUUGAGAAAGAAGAGAAUUUGAUUCAAUUACAUGACAAGUUCAAUGUUGAAGUAUUAUUAUUAUAAGAAGCAUAGUCCCUUGCAUUUGUGUA